GCAUCUCAGAAAACUUGGAAUUCAGUUCUUUUUGAUCAGGUACGAAAUCCAAAGAUAUCUAACCUUUAAAUAGCCUGUGUACAAACUGUAUUGUGCUUUAAUAUUUGUAAUUAGUUAAUUAACCUUUCUCACACCGCCACUUUUGGGGUACUUUUUUGCCAAUCCUGCGAGCGUAACACCACGUAAUGGCGACAUUUUAUAAUUUUGUGGGUAUAUGAUGGUAAAUUUACUCUCACGCCGGGUCAGCUGUUCUCACAAAUCGGCCAUCUAAUAUAAACUUUUUCAAUAUAUUUCGGAAGGACAUGAAACUUGCUACAUCAAUAUAACUUUCCAUUCCGAACAAUCGUAUGUUUUUUAUUUUUGAGAUUUAACGGUUUUUGGCGGGAAAAUGACGUCACGAAACCUCCAGUUAAAAUUUAUUUUCAAUAUCUUAAUAGUUUUUAAGCAGAAUGUGGAAGAUCAUGUCAUGAAGAGUUCAAAACUGAAAACAGAUUUGAAAUAUUUUAAUCUAAUCACGAGAUACAGGGAGUUUAGAAUCGAAUUUUCCACCAUUUUGUUACUAUUUUUAGAUUUUUCAUGGUUUUUAUGGUGAAAUAACUUUGGAUUAGAUUUAGAUAUUUAAAAUCCGUUUUCAGUUUUGAACUGUUCAUGACAUGUUCUUCCAAAUUCUGCGACAAAACUAUUAAGAUAUUGAAAGUAAAUUUUAAAUGGAGGUUUCGUGGCGAUUUUCCCGCCAAAAACCGUUAAAUCUCAAAAAUAAAAAACAUACGAUUGUUCGGAAUGGAAAGUUAUAUUGAUGUGGCAAGUUUCAUGUCCAUCCGAAAUAUAUUGAAAAAGUUUAUAUCAGAUGGCCGAUUUGUGAGAACUGCUGACCCGGCGUGUCUGUAAAUAGUUAGUUUGUUCUGAAAUAUUGCUUUCCACAUUGUUAUAAUCAUUUACAAAAAAUUACAGCACCCCAAAAAUGGCUGUGUGAGAAAGGCUAAUUGAACUCACUCAAUUCUGAUUGGCUGAGUUCAAUGGUCAACAAAGUUCUGACUUUGAAUAAACGUAAACAAGGCCCAUCAUGCUCAGGAAUUGCCGUUAUUACAACUCUUUGUUGCAUUUCAUUUGCUCAAUAGAAUAUGAUAUUACUGUGCAAUACAUUGGAAACAUUUUUGCAUCGGAAAUUUAGUUUGGAGCAUAGAGAGCAGUAAAGUUUGCAAUGAACAUCAACUGUCAAGAAAAUAUUUCAAUUUUAAAAAUCAAAGUCAAACGUUUGUUGAUAUUUACUGUACGGUACGUCCAGCCAAUCAGAAUCUGUUCAGUUGUGACAAAUCAGAAUCAACAGGUUGACAAGCAAUGCCACAACAGCAUAAUACCGUCUGUACACAGACUACCCUUUAAGUGGCAAUGUGCCUUAUUUAACACCAGAAAAUUUUAGGGGUGCACGGGAACCAAUUUUUUAAGUUCCGGCCUGAAACCGGAUCCAACCGGGACGGGGAAAAAAGUUCCAGCUGGAACGGGAACUGAUUUAGUAAGCCAUGCAUAGUCUCAUAUAUUACUUUGUCUGCUGCCAGACAGGCAGACACUUCAACAAACGUUAAACGUCAUAAUGAAGGGUUAAUAGUGUACAUUUCCCUUGCGUAGUCCAAAUUUUUUCCCUACAGACUGUGAACUUUUAUUACCGGUACACAGAAAAACGUUUGACAUAUCUCUCCGGCCGGAACUCAGAAAAAUUGGGGUUCUGACCGGAACUAACCAGCCAGAACUGAGUUCUGUUGAACCCUUAGAAAAAAGUCUCACUAAACGACAUAAUGUCUGUUUUGUAGGAUACCAUGGGCAUACAUGAUGAAAGUAUUGUCCUUCGUAGUGGAGUCAAAGGUAUGAAUUCCCUGCAUGUUUGAAGUCCAGUUAAAAAGUGCCCCAAAUUAGUUCUCUGAAAAUUGUCACAAAUCAUUUCUUUCAUCAAAACAAUUACUUUCCACUAAUAAAACAUGUUUGGAAAAUUUUUGGCUAAUUGAAUGCAUAGGGGUGACCACAGGAAUUUUUUUUUAAAUUCAAAAAGCGCACAAACCACUAUUAAUCAAAAUUGUCGAAAACCAUUUCUCUCAUCAAAACAGUUAGUUUCGACUGAUAAAUUAAAAAACAAGUUCUACAGGUAAACUAUGUGAAGUGUUCCUCUUUUGAGUUUCUAAAUUGAUUGCAAUUUUUCUCAUUACCUUUGCAAUUAAAAAAACUUCCUUGCAAAUUACCUGAGGGAAAUUGCAAUGUUGCUAAAAGCUGAUUAAAUUUUCCUCAGUUCCUGUUACAAGUUCCUAACUUUCUGUUACAAGUUCCUAAAUUCCUGUUCUGUUCUGUGCGUUGCAAUUGGCUAACAAAAAUAAUCGACCAAUAACAAUGCUCGGAACAGAAGAGGAAGUCAGGAAAUUAAAACAGGAAAUUAGAAAAAUUUAAAAUGAAGUUUUUUUGCAUUGGAAUAUUGCAACAGCCAAUAGGAAUAUUGCAAAUUCCCUCAAGGGAUUUCCAAAGAGUUUUUCAAAUUUGCAAAGCUGAUGAGGAAAAUUCCAAAUGAGUAAGGCAUAAAAAAAAUACCUGUGGUGCUGGUUUCUGACCGACCCUAUUUUUUCAGCCGACCCUAUUAUUUUUUCAAUGCGAUUGACCAUGGGACCCUAUUUUCUCCAGGUAGUUGCAGGCUGCUGUCACACUAAUUAUUGAAAAAACUGUGAAAAAAAUAUUUUUAAAAAAAAUUAUUUCCGACCUACCAACCCUAAUUUUUUCGCAAUAUGAAACUGGAACCACAGGUAUUUUUUUGCGCCUUAGGAAGUGAAAAGAGGAACGCUUCACGUAGUUUACUGGGGGAACCACAGGGUACCCUAAGCUUAGCAAAGGGGGGCCACAGGAAAUUUUUCAAAAAUUCAAAAAUCACCUCUGAUUUCCAAAUCCAAACGUUCUGAAAAUUGUCGAAAACCUACUUGAAACUUGUGAAUAGUAGUUGAAACUAAAUGCUUGAGCCAUACCUGUAAAUAUAUAAUGCAAAUAAAGCUAUUUUAUAAUUUCAACUUUGAUGAAGGGGCGACCGCAAGAAUGUUUUAAAAAUUCAAAUCUAAAAUUCAAAACGCAACCUACUCAAAACGGGAGGGACCAUAAGCAAGCAUGUGCAGGUCCCUAAAUAAUGACUAUAUUACUUUUUUUGAAGCAUCGAAAGUUCAAAGAAAAUUGUGGUCUCCAUUUGUUGGACUGUUUGCAAAUCAACUGUCUUGUAAAACAUGCUCAUAUAAGGUAUCAACUUGGUUAUUGAUUUUGUCAUUCCAGUUCCCUGUGAUUUGUAUUGCGACUACUUCCUGCCUUCUGAUCCUGUGCAGGAAAUGUAGUGUUGUUUACUUUAGUUUGUGGAAACACCACUUAAAUUUAUUACUGCAAUGCUUUCGAUCCGUAAGCCCAGAUCUUCAUCAGUGCUAAUAAUAUGUGACUUGUUCAAUUCACACCCCCUUUUUAUACAGGGUGUAUAAAAAAACAAAACUGAACAGAUUGGAAAUUGCUCUCAAUUUCGCAAAACACCUAAGACCGGAUACAAAUAGGUGUUUUGCGAAAUUGAGAGCAAUUUCAAAUCUGUUCAGUUUUUUUAUACACCCUGUAUAUCAAAGUGUUGUGAUCUGUUGGCUUGCAUCUUUUGAAAUUUAAUUAAACGGUACAUCAACCACGACAUUUCAAAGUAGUGGUUCUAAUUAACAUGUGCACAUCCAAGACAAGAGAAAUUAAUUUUGCACAUUAAAGAGAGUACGCCAUGUACUAUCUAGUGGCUUUCCCUCCUGAUCUAUAGUAUUGUGCUUCUCAAUUUCAAUUGACUCUCUCAUUUUGCGAGAGAACUUAUGACUUUUUCUGUUAGUUGAGACAGAAACCGUAACAACUUAACUUAAUACGCAUGUCAUUGACUACCUACAUUUGAGGUUUAAUUAUUUAAUUAAUUAUUUAUUUAUUGUUCAAUAGUACCCUGUCAAGUUUGAUUCAUUUGACACAGUGUCUCUCAGUUUAUCGUCAAGUUUCCAGGUAAGUUUCAAAGGGGAAGAACAGUUUGCCUUUGCAUUUGACUAAGAUUUCAAAUCUUGUAUAACAUGUGUUUCAAAUCUUGUUGUGUAACAUGUAUCUUGUAUAACAAACUUAAGAAUUAAAUAUUUUUGACCAAAAAUUUAAAUUUCAAAAUUUUUAGAUCUUAUAAAACUUGUUUUUAUUAUUAGUUGAAAGUCAUUGUUUUCAUGUAGGAAAAUAUUUUUUCGAACAUGGACUUGAUGCAAAGUUUGAAUUUUUGUAAAAUAAUUCUCUAAGGUGGUUUGAAGAAUUAGUAUUUGUGAUGCGUUACAUGAUAAUGUUAGUAAUUCUAGGUAUUGCCAUGUGAAUUAUUUUCAUUUCAUUUGCAGUUUGCCAGUGUUGCUCUGCAAGGAUUAAUCAGGAAUUUCAUGUGUUCAGAAGUGCUAGAGUCUUUUCAAUGUUCUGGAUGUGGUCGGAAGGAUGGUGAAAAUCACAAGACAAGGUUGUUGAAGAAGCUUAGCAUUGGAAAGGUUAGUUCAAUCAUUUUUGUGUCGAGAUUUAUGUCUGCACUACCAGCAAAAAUACUCCAACAAGUCUCUAUUUGCCAGAAUAAUGUCCCUAGCUUACAAUAUAAGUUAGAGUAUGGCAAGUACAGUAUAUAGUGUUUAGGUAAUUCUCUUGGCUAUAAAAACUUUCUCUCCUGUGUUGUAAUUAGCCUAUUGUUUUGCCUUGGCAAAACCGGGUAUUUUUAUGCCGAGGCAGGUCAGAACACUCUCCAUAUGCCUCAGCAUGUGGUUCGGCAAUUGCCAAGUGCUGAGGUGAUUUACAAAGGUUGGGGCUGAGAAUUUCUCCUGUUGUCUGAGAGUUUCUCCUGUGAUGGAGGGUUUCCAUUUCCCUGUGGUCUGAGGGUCUCCCUCUGUGGUUGAGGGUUUCCCCUCUCCUGUGGGCUGAGGAUUUUGCCUGUGGUUGAGAGUUUCCCCUGUGGUUGAGAGUUUCACCUGUGGUUGAGAAUUUCCCCUAAGGUCUGCGGGUUUCCCUCCCCUGAGGUCUGCGGGUUUCCCCACCUCUUUGGUCUGAGGUUCCCCCUCUCUCUCUCUGGUGGGUGAGGUAGGCACACCUGUUGUAGUGAACAUUAAUACUCAACAGAUUGUGAUUUAUUUUCAGCUGCCGCAGUGCCUGUGUUUCCACAUCAACCGUACAUAUUGGCAGAAUAAUGGAGUGCCUUACAAAAAUAACACUUUUGUGACAUUCUCAGAAAGUCUCAAUACCGAGCCAUAUCUCUACACUCACAACAAGGUUGAUCAUAAAAUUCCAAGAAUGUCUGGGCUAUGUUCCAGUCAAGAUAUAUCCACAGAAGAACAGAGGACAACUCCUCAUAGCAG